GUUGGUCUUGCCGUCAGUCAGUAGCGCGCUGAUCAGUGCUGCGGUCGGUAUGAGGAGGUGAAGUGACUGUGAGUGAACGUGCUGUGUUAACAUGAAGUCCUACAUACUGAUCGCGAUCUUUUUGACAGCAGAAUGUCUUGGAGCGGAGCGCUCGCGGCAGCGCUCUCCUAUCAGGAGCGUUCCCGUGGCGGCCAGCGUGAAGAGAGAAGUUGACUUCGACUGCCCCGAAGAAUUUGGGUAUUAUUCGCAUCCCACCGACUGCACGUUGUACUAUGUUUGCGUUUUCGGCGGUGCUUUACUAGAAUCUUGCACUGGUGGCCUCAUGUACAGUCACGAGCUCCAAACAUGUGAUUGGCCGCGUAACGUAGGCUGCGACGCCACCGGUGCCGUCAUAGCUGACGAUUACGAACGGCUAAACGAAAGACAGCCUCCACCUCCUACAUCUCGAAGAAAUCCACCUCCACCUCCUCCGUCCAGAGCACAGCCCAAUCCAGUUAUUACUUCAAGAGGGCAACCAAAAUUCAACCGACAAGAAUAUGAAAAACAACAACAGUUAUAUGCAGAAGUAGAUGACUUACCUCCUGUGGAAGAAAUUGAGAAUGAUAGGCAGCAAAGGGUAUACAGAGGACAACCAUCAACUAUUGGACAAGUUCAAAAAGAUAGGGACGGUUACCAUGGAUCGCAGGGUGUUAGUGCUGGGAGAACACUUAACUCUAAUAUUAUUCCUUCCUCAAUUGCGCAAAAUAGUAAAAUUGGAUCGUUUUCUUUUGGGACGCAACUAGAAGACAGAAGAACAGCCACUGCCACCCAAACUCCUCAGUCUUAUAGAGAAGAUAUAUAUGACGUUUUGACUGACUCUUCUGACUUAACUAAAGACUUUACGACUGGUGAAAGGACUAUUAAAGAUAUAAGUGAUAACACUUUAUCGAGGAAAAGAAGAGAUGUUGAAUCCCAUUUAAAUGCAUCUUCUGUACCUGAUAAAAUUUCUAGUAGGAACGAUAAUGACCAAGAAAUGGAAUAUAUAGAGUUUGACCCAGAAUCUGAUGAAGAUGAAUACCAAGAUGAUGAAUUGGAUGAUAGUGAAAGAGGGAAGAGACAAAUUAGGUUUUAUAUAAAAGAGGGACAUAAGGUUCCUCUUAAGUUUACCAGUUCUAAACCUGUGAAAUUUGUAAACUUGCGGCAUAAUAAUCAAAAUCCCAACAUUCAUAAUCCACGCUACCAUACAAAUCAUAAUAGUGGAUUUAAUGAUAAUACUUAUACUUCAUUUGUUGUGACUAAUAAUAACAACCAUUAUCCAGUAAGUGGCCACGUCAAUUAUCAAACUGUUGAUCAUUAUCAAAAUCAAAGGCCAUUUAAAGCAAGUUUACCUGAUUUAUCAAAACCUAAAUAUUUACCCAAUAAUGCAGGAACUCAAAUUAUUACAAAAAGUCCUCCUAUUUCUUCUUUAAAUAACAAUCAAAAUCCAUUUGCUUCUUUAGCUGGUGGGUUUUAUAACAAUGCGUUGAAAAAUGAUCAUAAUACAAUAUCGCAAGGACAAAUAUCCUCAGUGAAACCAAAUUUAUCUUCACCACAUGAUUUAACGCAUUUCCCCAGUACAAUUGUUACUGGAAGACCUUUAUCAUCUUCUACUCAGAGUUUAAAUUAUAAUGUAAAAAAUGAUGAAGAAAAUAAAAAACUAAAUAAUGGUUACAAGAACAAUAAUAACAAAUUUACAAAAGACGAAGACUAUAAUGAAGAUGAAGACUAUUCUGAUGAAGAAGCAGAAUCUUCAGAAGAAGAUGAGGAAGAUCACAAACCAAAUUUCUCACCACCUAUUACUGUCCCUUAUAGUUUUAAUCAUCCCAGAAAUAAAUAUGCUAACAUUGAUAAUCCAUUUGCCCGACCGAAUUUUAAUUUUGAUGAAUUUUUGGCUAAAUUAAGAGAUGAUCAAUAUUCGGUUAUCGGACUAUCAACUCAAAAACCAAAAGCUUUACAAAAUAAUGAUGUACAAACAGAUUCACCUAUAAAUACAAUUCCAUCUAUUAAUAGUCACAAAAUAUCAUCUUUUAAAGGUAUAAGUACUCCAAAGCCAUUUACAAUGUCUGACGUACCGCAAAAUUCAACAUAUGCUAUAAAUGAAAACAUAAAAAAUUUCGCUCCCCAACAUGGCUCUGAUUACAUUUUGAGGUCACAAAUAACUACACACAAUAAUAACCCAUACUUUCAACACAAUCCAAAAAAUGUUAAUAGACUUCCACAAAAGGAUGCUGGUAUACCUUUAGAGACUUUAAAACCGAAAUUAAAGCUACCUAACUUCCAGGAUAAUAGACCACUUUCUAUAAAUUACAAUUUCAAUACUCCAGCAGAAGGUAGUAAUCAACCGUCAAAUACAAUAAGGCCAAUUGUCACUCCGACAUCUUAUUAUAGCACUCCAAACAACAACAAUAAAUUACCACUACAAUCUCAUCAUAUAAAUAAUGCAAAACCGUUUUUGGUAUCAACAUCGCCACCUUUCAAUAGAUAUGUGUUAAGCAUUUCGCAGUCUACUUCGAGACCUGCUACAUUUGUAAAUCAGCAAGUUUCUCCUGUACAAAAUUACUGGAAAAAACCAUCUAUUGCUUUCACACCUACAACACCAUCUUCGAUUAGUCCAAAUACAGUCACAGAAAUUGCGAAAUGGACAAAAUUGUAUUCACAAGCAAUACAAUCAUCUACAAUAAUACCAUUGAGUGGUAAAAAUAUAGUUGCUGAUGUAAGUACUAAAGCUCCGCCAAAGCGUAAACCUAUACCGAAACCUUCGCCGGAAAUGAAUGAUUACUAUUAUGAUGACGAAGAUGAACAGUAUUAUUAUGAACCAAUCGUUAAGCCUAAAUAUAUGCCAAGCUCCGAAGUUAUGCCUCAAAGACCGCCUAUGGCACAAAACUAUGAAGAAUACGACGAUUCCAAUGAACAACUUGAAAUUCAUACAGAUUCAAAGAUUCAAGAACAUCAAAAAAUACCUAGUAGUCAAAAUAAUUUUAAAGUAGAAAGUGCAACAAAAAACCACAAUGAUGUAUCCGUUGUCACCAAGUCACCAUAUAAACAAUCAAACAAAAUUAUUAACGGCAAAAUUCCCGUACCAGUAAUGGUUGAUUAUGACGAUUCAACAAAUUCCAUGUCUCAUAAUAGUCGCAAUCGAACGUAUUACUUAAGGAAGCCAAAUAAGCCUGAGAAUAAUCCAAAUACAUUAAAACCUCCUAAGUAUUUGAAUCAGACAACCUUGCGGCCUUAUACUGUCAGACAUAGAUUGGCAAUGCCAACGACUGAAAAAAAUCAGGUUAAUCAAGAUGUAGAAAAUAAACAAAUGAGAGGAAGAAUACGACAUCACAAUAUAGUUGCGGAAAUGAAAUUGACUACUCCUCAUGACAGCUUUAAACAAGAGACUCGAAUUACUAAGACUGGUCAUGACGAUAAAACGAACAGCCUGGAACCCACAGAGAGCGUUACACCUUCCUCGUAUUCUCCAAGUCCGCGACCAAAAAUGCUUUAUAACGGUUCUCAGACUUACAGUCCCGAUCAGUAUGAUCCUUACUACGCUGUAUAUGAUGAAGACGGUGAACUGUACAAGGAUACAGACUAUGUGCAGCAAUAUAACUCAGCUUCACUCCGACCAGCAGUUCAGCAAACGUACAGAGGCACUCCGCCCUCACGUCGGCCAGUAGAGACCUAUUCAGCAAGACCUGUCGCAGAUGAUUACGACGAUGCUCUUAUUCAAGGACCUAUUAUAAAUCAAAACCAAUACCAGACAUCUGUUCGUCAACCGGCAAGGGGUGAAGGUAACGAAUUGGGUUAUGAUCCUAUACCAAGCAGCGUGAGGACGACUAUUUAUGAAGCCACUUUCCCAAGCACGAAUCCAACAACAACUAGCACCAGCACUACUACCACUACCACUACCACUACCACAACCACAAGACGACCAACAACCGCACCUUACACGGAAGCAAUGACCCCGUCUCGUUAUUCCCCAAGAUCAUCCACUGAUGAGAAUCGUAGUCGCCUCCCUGCUUCCUCUACCGUCCCAAAUGCCAUUGAUGGAUUUGUUACAUCUAUUCCUUCUACAUUAUCAACCUCCAUAAACUUAUCCUCUCACGCUAAACCUUUUGAAAAGACGGAUAAUGCACAUAGGUUACUUGAACCGUCGACUGAAAUAACGACUCGUAGACCAACUACUCGUGUGACUGAAAACAAUAAAAAUUUCGUUAGUUUAGUUCAUGAAAGUCCAGACGUAGGUAAUAAAAAGAUGAUUUCUUUAACUACAGGUUUUUCUAUACGUAGGAAUGUUAAUAAUACGAAAAAUCCUUACACUUUAACGAUAAUUUCAAAGCCAUUUGAAAAUAACUCAUCGGUUGCCACCAAAAAUACUCGGGUUAAAAACAAUAAAAAACAUUCCAUACAGAGACUUUAUUAUGAUAUCAAUGAGAAAGACGUUACCCAAACCGAAAUAAAUAAAGGACUCCGAAAUGGUGAACAAACCAGCGAGGAAGUUGAUAUCGUAAAUAUAGCAUCUCAUCAGAAAGAAAAUGACUUCGAAGGCCCAGCUGAUAACUAUAUGUCCUCAUCUGUACGAACCCCUACAUAUAGGCCCAGAAUUCGAUUUAGUAAUAGUGCCACACCAACAACGACAACAAAAGAAGAAGUUUUUAAGCGACCGGUAUCGGAAUCAACAACAAGUUCAAUAAGCCCUAAAACUUUCACCGAUAGUAGGUUAGACCGAGCAAAUGAGAAUAGUGAAAAUAAACAUUAUGUUGACAGUAAUAAAUCUCAAGGCUUCAAACAAGUGGAUUAUAUCAUUCAAGAUGAAGACUUAAAAUACAAAUAUCCAAUAGUUUCACCGUAUAAAACAUUAGAUAAUUUAAGAAAUACUGGUAGAGACUAUCUGUCUAGAGAUGAUAAAAUAGAUAUUCCUUCAUCAACUAUGUCAACUGGUACUUCAAGUUUAAGAUCAGUAACAACAACAUCAUCAGACAGAGUUACAAGAAAAAAACCUUCCUACUAUCUUUACAAUAUCAAGGAUGAUGAAAAUGAGCAAACUACGGAAAUAUAUAAAAGUGGUGUGAAACAAAAAAAUCGAAUCUUAUUUAAAGAUGCGCAUAGUAGCACACCAAAAAUUGUAGAAUUUAUUUCACCUUCUACAACAUUGGAGACAAAUGAAGAGGUGGUAAAUAUAGGAUUUAAAAAUAAAAAACAAAAUGCUAGCGUUCAAAAGCCAUCUCGGAAUAGUUUUAAACACGUCAGCAUUUUGACAGAACCUAGUGUUCUUAGAAACAUUUCCCCUUCUGUUGAUAAUCCCACUACAGUUAUCAAUCAUGUUCCAGAAUUGAAAUAUGAUUCAGUUCAAACUGCAAAUCCUACAAUUUCUCUUUCAUCAGAAAUUCCAAUGAUGGAUGCAGCGACAGAAGAUGCUUUCAGAGAUAUAAUACCAAAUAUUGACUAUGAAUUAACAACGAAAUCUCAUUCAUUAAAAUCCAAAUUUAGUAGCUUAAUGAAUAAAGGAUCCAGAGACGAAGAACCGAGAUCUCAUAAGUUUAAGAAAAUAAUUGAAACUGAGAUAAAACCAGUUGACAGUAAUAUUGAUCAUUAUUCUGAAAGAAGUAAUUCUAACCUAGAAACUAACAUAGAUAGCAAAGAUUUAACGACAGAAACUCAAAUAAGACUUACAAAUGACUUUGUUAAUGACAUUGCCUCUACGACAAGCACAACUAAAUCAACUACAACUUUUAAAAUUGACGUUGAGAACAAGCAGACCUCUAAGAGCUUAUCCUAUCCAACUCGAGCCUCUCGUAUCAACCCUGCCAUAAAGUUAGCCGCGGCAAGUGUUGGAGGUGGGCGCAGGAGUUACCAAUCGCCAUCCAAUUGUUCAUCAGACAACAGUCUGCAAGUGAAUCCAAAAUGCAACGAAAUCAAAUAUCCGAGACCCACAAGCACAAGAGGUCGAGGUUCGGCACAUUUUUCAACUUCUGGUGGAUCUGAGGCUCCACAGCAGACUCCUAACAGAGGAACUCCUCCAACUCGCAGUCGUCCUACGUUAAAACCCUCAACAGCCAUAGUUACAAAGACUGUGGAUAUCAAUAUUUACGCUCAUCCACCAUCGCGCCCCGCCCCUGUUUACCCACAACCGACACCUGACAAGACAGCUGCCAAAUGUAGAAAAGAUGUAUGUCUUCUACCAGAUUGUUUCUGCGGCGGAAAAGACAUUCCUGGCGAAUUGCCGGUGGAUAAGGUGCCUCAAAUUGUUUUGCUGACUUUCGAUGAUUCCGUAAAUGAUUUGAACAAGGGCUUGUACUCGGAUCUAUUUGAAAAAGGACGGGUUAACCCAAAUGGUUGCCCUAUAACAGCUACCUUUUAUGUAUCUCACGAAUGGACGGAUUACAGUCAAGUUCAAAACUUAUACUCGGCUGGACAUGAAAUGGCAUCUCACACAGUAUCUCAUAGUUUUGGAGAGCAAUUCUCUCAGAAAAAAUGGAACAGAGAAGUCGGAGGUCAAAGAGAGAUUUUGGCAGCGUACGGUGGUGUUAAACUCGAUGAUGUUAGAGGAAUGCGUGCACCUUUCUUAUCUGUAGGAGGAAAUAAAAUGUUCAAAAUGUUGUACGACUCCAACUUUACAUACGAUUCAUCAUUGCCAGUAUAUGAAAACAGACCACCGAGUUGGCCUUAUACCUUGGACUAUAAACUUUUCCACGAUUGCAUGAUACCACCUUGCCCCACCAAAUCUUAUCCAGGAGUUUGGGAAGUUCCUAUGGUCAUGUGGCAAGAUUUGAAUGGUGGCCGUUGUUCUAUGGGCGAUGCUUGUGCCAAUCCGCCGGAUGCAGAAGGUGUUUACAAAAUGAUUUUGAAAAAUUUCGACAGACAUUAUACCAGUAACAGGGCUCCUUUUGGUCUCUUCUAUCAUGCAGCUUGGUUCACUCAACCUCACCACAAAGAAGGUUUCAUCAUGUUCCUAGACUUCAUUAAUAAAAUGAAUGAUGUUUGGAUUAUCACAAACUGGCAAGCGUUGCAGUGGGUGCGAGACCCCACCCCAAUAUCCAGAUUAAACAAUUUCCAACCGUUCCAGUGCAAUUAUGCGGAUCGGCCGAAAAAAUGCAACAAUCCUAAGGUUUGCAACUUGUGGCAUAAAUCCGGAGUAAGGUAUAUGAGGACAUGUCAACCCUGUCCUCCAAUUUAUCCUUGGACUGGAAAAACUGGCAUCUCAUCAUCGCGCAUUGACAACGAAAUUGAAGAAUAGAUAUACAUAGUUAUAAUUAAUUAACAAAUUAUAGAUAAUGAAUACUUUUGUUCUUAUGUUCUCAUUCUUGAUUCGACAGUUGAAAAAAGAUGCUUGAAAUUUUAUUAGCUCAUUAUUUUCGAUGGUCUGAAGGAAAGACCUAACUACUUACUUUAAUGUAAAAGAUGUUGUAAGAUUGAAGUUUUUUAAAAUUAAUUCUAUUUUUAUUGGAAACUGUGAUAGUAUUUGUUUUCAAUUGAACAAGAUGAAUGCAUCUAAAUAAACGCAUUAUCUUUAAUGCUUAAUUACGUGCAACAUUGAUGUAUCAGCACUAAGCUUUUUUAUUAUAUUAAGUAUAAUACUCUGAUAUUACAAGUUAACUGAUUUUUUAGUAUAAAGUGGGAAUUUCAAUUUUGCAGUAUAUUAGCUACUUUAAACAAAAACAGAUUUCAUUUUUAUAUUUUUAAAUAAGAGCCAUAUUAAAAAUUAGACAAUAUUCCUCGAAUCUUGCCAGAGAUGUGGUUGACACUGCCUUUUUUACAAUUGUAAAUAUAGAUAUUUAAGCUUGUUUAAAUUAAGUUUUAGAAUAAGUCAGAGAUGUAAGCGCAUUUUGAAAUUAAAAAGCAUUUUUUUGUUUUGUAAUUAUUGAAUUUUGAGUUCGAAGACGUAGCGUCUCGUAAACGUCUGUCUACAUCGCGUCUGUGAUGAAGCACAUGUUUAUAGGACCGCUGAUGUUGUGAAUUAACAAUGAAUUAGAAUGAAUUAAAAUAAAAUCAGGUGAUAUUUAUUAAAUGAUGAAGACGUUAAAAUUUAUAAUUUUCUAUACAAUAAAAAGCGCUUGCAAUCUUACUUACUUCAACUUGUAUCUCAUAAGUCCUAUUAUUGUAAAUAUAGAUUAAAUAUUUAAAAUUUUUAGUUAUACUAUUAUAAGAAAAAUGUAUUUAGAUUGGUUUUUUACUAGAUAAUCUGCUAUUGAAUGUAUCGCAGACUUGAUCAAGCACUCGGUUGGAUGAACAAUGUUUCAUUAUAAUCGUAUGUAGUACAAUUAAAUGAAGCAAAGGUUGCAUUAACGAGUGCAAAUAAAUUAAUAAAAUUAUUCAAUUUUA